AUGAUCAAGCUGCUAGGAGAAUGUAAGAAAUUGAAAACCCUGACGUUGGAUAUGACGAUAGGUUCGAUGCUAGGCAGUGCCGACCGGAACGCAAUUAGGGAUUUCUUCCUACGAGAUCAGCCUCUUAACAGUUCUAGUGUGAAAAGUCUUGUGGACAUACUGGGUAAGACGCCAACACUGCGUUCUGUGCAGCUACACAUGAGGGUUUCACUCGAUGGAAGAUUCCAUUGUUUCGGCCGCGACGAUAUGUUUGCUAAAUUUGCCUUUUCCGGCGCUCGUGAAGCGCUGCUGGUUCAGGAACUUCGCAAACGUGCCACAGCUUGUCCUCGUCAUAAAGACGCUCGUUUUGAAGUCAUCAGUACUAGGGAAGGUACCCUAGACUAUGAGGAAUGGAAGAGCUUGACUUCCCGAGAUUCAGGUAUAUGGUAA